AUGGCACCCCAGUUCCUGCUGGUGUUCCCCCUUUGGCUCUUCUCCCUCCAAGCGGUGGCUGGUUGCCUUCAGUGUGACCGCCGCUUCUUGGAUUCUGUAGCCACCUUGCUGCUGGAAAUGCUCCCAGCCGACCUUCCCGACCGAGACGCCCUCAUACAACGGCACAUCCAGGCCUUUGCUGACCUUCACGGCACCUUCCUCCGAAAGAUGCACGAGCGAGUGCUGGGUGCGAACUGAGCAGAGAAGCGUCGGCAGGGCUGUAACAUCUGGGGCGGGGUGGAGAAGGGUUGAGGUUACAGCCACAAAUGUCUCUUUUGCAGAUGUCCGAGGAGUGAUGUCUAUCAAAUCAGAUGUUAUUAGUCAGUUGAGGGACAUCAAGAGCAGCAAAACCUGGAAAGGUGAGCUGGGGGGAAGGAGAGAAGGAGCUGGGGGUAUGGGAUUGCAUUUGGGAUUGGGUUGUAGGUUAGAAAUUUGAUGCAGUUUCUGCCGAAAUGUGUACUUAACCUAUUUUACGCCUACGGAAACACAGCCGUCUCCCCAAAUUCGCACUUCUCCAAAUCUUGAAAAGCAGCUUGCCAGCCAAAUAAUCUGUGGGAAGACACAUAGGCUAGGGUUAAUUUUGCCUGUUAAUAAUAAUAAUAAUAAAUUUAUACGCCACCCAUCUGUCUGGGUUUCCCCAGCCACUCUGGGCGGCUCCCAACAGAAUAUUAAAAGCACAACAAAACAUCAAACAUUAAAAACUUCCCUAAACAGAGAUGCCUUCAGUUUUCUUCUAAAAGUCAGAUAGUUGUUUAUUUCCUUGACAUCUGAUGGGAGGGCGUUCCACAUGAAUGCAUAUAUUAGUGAAAAUAGCAUACCGAAAUGCAUUCUAUAUGGGGAAAUUGCUUUGCCAAAAUGUUUAUGUGAGGCAAAAUAGCACACAAAAAUGGGUGUAUGCUGGGGGAUGGGGGUGGGAAUCACACUAAAAUGCUGAGAAAUUUUCUGGAGGACUUAAAAAAAACACCAAACUGAUAUGGAAAUGUGGAAAAAUGAGAAAAAGAGAGAAACUAAAAUGGACAAAUUUCUACUUAAACGCUGAAUCUCAUAAAGCUAUUAAAUCACCAUAGGGAGUGGGGUGGGGAGACCACCCAAAUAUUUAGGUGGUUCUCCUAAGCUUUGAAGUUCUGAUCUCCUGCGCUCACGACCUAACCCAAAUCCCCAGCUAUGGGGACUAUGGGUCCUCAUAAACCUCCUCUUUGUGUUUGCUAAGGCCCCUGCCCCCUAAUUUUAUUUCUUUAUUGCUGUUUAGGGCGCACGUGUUUUACUUUGUGGGGGUGGGGAUUCUGAGCAUUGCAAGUUCUUGUGUGUGAAAUGAGUAUUUUUGGUGCCCUAACCGUCCAAAAAGGCCAGGGAUCCCUGAUUUGAUCCCAGAUCUAAAGCAGGUCUGUAGCUCAAUGGCAGAGAUCCAUUUUUGCAGGUGAAAGAUCCUGGGCUCAGUCCCCUGCUUCUCCAGAAAGGGCUUGGGAGAGACUCUUGCUUUGAAACCUAGAUAAGCCACUGAUGGAAGUCCACAAAGCCAGGAUUGAUAUUUUAGUGUCAGAAUUAAUUCCAAGUAUAUUCCUAACCCUAAUCCUAAGUAUAACAUGUGAGGGGUCAGGUUUUUAUGUGCUGUGCAGCUUUGCCAGGCUAAAAUUCUAGCCCAACAUCUUAGGAAUUAUCUCCCUCUAACAAACCUUAAACUCUGUUUCCUUCCUCAGGCGUCUUCCUGUGGCAACUCUCCAUGUAUCAGCUCCGGGUAUCUCUGCGAAGGCGCCUGCAGCAGUCACUGGAGAAAUUCGCCGACCUUGGUACCAAUCGGGAAGGGAAACCAGAGUAGUUAAAGGCCCCAGCACCUCUUAUUCUAACCCACUGCCCUGACCUUCACUUCCCCCUUUAUCCGGGAAUCCUGGGGUCAGGGUUGGGGCUCAGGGUGGGCCAGGGGUGCCCUCUCCCUAUGUAUAAAAUACAGCUACUGGCAGUCUUGUAGCCAGCAUUGCUCAGGAACGAUGAGAAACAAAAUCAGCGUGCUUUCGAAAUCAGAGUUCAAAAUAGGUGCACUUUUGAAAUCAGUGGUUAAAUUUGAUGCAAUUUUCAAAGAUUCAGUCUGCAGUCCUGAUUAAGGAUGGCAUGCAAUUAUAUCCAAACUUAGACAAAAAACCUACUCCUUGAUCUCAGGACCCAUCAUGCAAAAUUUGGUUACGCUAUCUUGAGAGGUGCCCAAAUUGAUAUAGCAAACAGAAAAACAACUUUCCAAAAUAUAUGGUAGAGGAUAGGGACUGUCAAUGCUUUCAGGACCACGGGCACAUUUGCAGAACGGUGUAACAUUUGUUGGCAUCACACACACACACACAAUCACUACCAUAAAGCGCACACUGCAGCCUGUUCUAUUGACUACAACAGAAAACUUCUUUCAAGGCCAAAUUCAUUUGAAGGAAUUCAGCUGAGAGAUGGGGCCUUGCAGGCACCAUGCAAAGUGCCUGGGAGAGGGUGGGCCCUGACCCUGGAGAUAUGGCCAGGAAUAAAACCUACGAAUAAGAAUAUACGGCUAAACACAGAGCAAUAACAAACACAAGAAUAAUGACUGUGUAACAACUUCCUGCAUUAAACAUCAACAGUUCAGUGAGGUUGAAAAUGGGGGAGCAAGAAAAGAGCAGGUGACUCGCUGCGCCAGAUGUAGAUUUAAAAUAUACAUAUUUGCAUUUUGGGCAGAACGUGCUCACUUGGAGGAAGAGCUUCGUUAUAAAAGGGGGAACUGAAUUGCUGUGGGAUUGGUAGGCAGAGGUGGGUUAUGAUGUGCCAAACUUUGAGUUGAUUCCUUGCAAAUUGAAAUAAAAAAAUUAAGGUCUUAAUAAUAAAUGUACCAAGCAAAACAUGUACAUAAAUAUAUAAACCACAUGUCUGAAGCAGCACAAGAAAACAGCCCUGAAACCAUUUUGACUCCCAAACUGACCAAAUGAUUUCUCUGCAAGGUCAAAGAAAAGGGAGAAGCCUCCCCAUUGUCUUUUCAUUUACAAAUCCUGUCUUAAGGGUAUGUCUGUGUAUGAAUAGGGUGAGCCUGUGACCUGGCUCAGGAACUAAAUAUUUAUCAUUACAAAAGACUGGCUAGGCUCCCCAGGGUAUCCAAUCAAGUAAGCAUUAACAGGUAACCUGCCAGACAGGAGGUAAACAACGCACUCAGAUUUCUGUUGUAGACCGCCCUUUCUGUGAUGUAGGUAUGAUGUAUCUGGGGGUGGUCUGGGACUCCAGGGCUGGCAAUUUAAAAUGUCUAUAUAAGGGUGGGCACACCUUUGUUUGGGGUCCUCCUCCUCCUGCGUGUGAAGGGGGCACCCUGUUGCAACAGUUCAAUAAAGAUCAGGCUCACUAGCUGCUUUGCUUCUCAAUAUUCUCUGGUUGGCCUCUGUUAUUUUCUCCGACCAAUGGAGAACCUGCAAAGAACUCUAUAAGGGCUCUUGUGUCCCCCAUAAGGGAAUAACGGCAGAUUUCUGUUUAUGACAACAUAAUUGUAAAUUGCAUACCAGCUGAGUGAGACUCCCUCUGUCUGGGUUUUAGGUCUCUAAACCAGGCCUCCCUCUUUUCUUCCACCCUCACCCUUCAGCUUGUUCUGAGGAUUGCAGUAAGUAUCAGACUCCCUCCCCCAUCAGAGCCCUUCCUCCGCCCCCCAAGUUGCCCACACAGCCUCCUGGACUGGAACUGGAUGCACCAGCGAGGCCCCCCAGAUCCCUGCCUUGUUCCUCCCUCUGCAGCGGUGACUGAGGGCCCUGUCCUGGACUGCUGGACCUGCUUACGCAUCGCCACCCAAUGCUUUGAUGGAGAGCUCUGUGGAGGUAAGACCAAGGUGGGGGGGGGGGGGCUUCCAGCUUCUGCCUUCUGUUCCCAAACUUGUGCACAAAGUGGCCAUUGGUGCCUCCACUCUUGGCUGUUAAGAACUGGCUCCCAACACGUGUUGUAACUCUCGCUUCCUGUUCCCAUUUGAAAGCCUCCAUUUGGGUGGCUGGACCAGGGAGCAAGAUAAGAGAGGGUUGCUCAUCCUGGCCAAACGCAAGAGGCUAAAAGGAUGUUUCUGUUGCCCCCUAGUGGAAGACAGACGCCUUGCAGAAUAUAAUGAAGUUGUUCUUUACCUCUUCUUUGUUUGCGAGUCUGUGUUGGUGACCUCAGUUGUUCUUGUGUGAGUAAAUGGCUCUGCAGAGUUCUCUCCCUUUCCCGUAGAAUCCGAGAGUCCAAACUUUCAGGUUUCCUGACCGGCAUUUGCCUUCCUUCCCAAAGAAGCCACUGGGCACCAACCCUAUUGUGGUACACAAGACCAUCAUUCUCCCAUCCUAAGGAACCCAGGAGCUCUUGCUACCAGCUGCUCCCAUUCACUUGACCCACAUCUGUCGACUCUGUCGACUGACCUGGGACUGCCUGCAACCCAUAGAGCUUACUGAAGCCACCACUGAACUGUGGCCUUUCAAAGGAGUACAAGCAUAGAAUGUGGUGUGGAAUUUAGAUUUCUGAGAACAUUGGCUGCCUUUUUUUCAGAAAUCUAGUUUCUGGACCUCAAGGUUCCAGAGUAAAUCUCCUACCCAUUUCUAUUACAGUCCUACCUCGGGUUAAAUACGCUUCGAGUUGAGCGUGUUCGAGUUGCGCUCUGUGGCAACCUGGAAGUAACGGAGCGAGUUACUUCUGGGUUUUGCCGCUUGCGCAUGCGCAGACGCUCAAAAUGAUGUCAUGUGCAUGCGCAGAAGCGGCGAAAAGCGACGCACGCGUGCGCAGACGUGCCGUCGCUAGAUACGUUUACCUCUAGAUGCGAACGGGGCUCCGGAACGGAUCCCGUUCGUAUCUAGAGGUACCACUGUACUUCUCCUUUCUUGCCACCAGAUUUCCAAAAGAUUUUGAAAACUUGAUUGAUGGACACAGGAUAUUCAAAUCCAAGCAGAGUUAAUACAUGCUUAAUUUCUGCUUUCUGUUAAUUUCAGAAAGUUAGUUGACUGGGGUCCCCCCCCCCCGUGUGCAGGUAUUUGCAUAUACAGAGGAUCCCAGAAAGCAGACCUGGGUUUAAAUUCAAGUCCGGAGAUGGAGGUGGGGGCAGUUCUCAAAAUGUUUGAGAAAUGCUGGCCAGUCGCUCCAUAUGCAGCCAUGUGAGAUUGGAGAGAAUGUUGAGAUUGUAGCAAGAAGCAGCAAAAAACAAAGGGCAAGUCUUUAGCCUUUCUCUCUGAUGUGUGAUUUGUGUUGCAGGGAGUUCAAAUGCAGAGGAGCAUCUAAGGCUGUGAACACACCAUGCAUUUAAAGCACUUGACUCCCCCCCCCCCCAAUAUAUUGAGAAGUGUCGUUUACCCUGCACAGAACUACAAUUCCCAGGAUCCUUAACCUACACUUUGUUGGAUUUUUUUUGGGGGGGGGGAGAAGUCACGAGCUUUAAAUGUGCACGGCCUCAAAAAGAGAAAUGGCAUCUCCCACCUGCAGUCUGAAGUGAUAUAGUUUGCUCCCCCACCUCAGCAUUCUGCCACCUCAUUCUGCCUCAAUGUGCAGACCAGGCCCCAUUCUGGACCCAGAAGACCCAGGAGUUUCUCUGCCUCCACUAACCACACUUCCCACACUUCCAGGUACUGGGUGUGCGUCAAGCAUAAGAAGCAGAUGCUACGAAAAGCACUGCGCCUUUAG